GAGUAAUAUUAUGAAAGUUACAUGUCUGAGAGGAUUUAACUUCGACUUCCCUGAAUAUGCUGAAAGGAGUUUAUGCACUGAAACGACCUCAGGAAAAUCCAAGAUGGCCGCCAAAAGGAAAGGUGGCCUAAAACUCAACGCUAUCUGUGCCAAGCUGAGCCGUCAGGUGGUGUUUGACAGCAGCUCCCAGAAUGCCGAGGGAGACCAGAGUGUGGCAGAAAACAGCGAGCGCGGCAGUUCCCACUACGACGACAAUGACACCAACUUCCCAGAGGGCCUGAACCUCACUCAGAGUCUGGAGGAGGACCAGAAGAGACGCGAGGCCAUCGAGAAGUGGGUGAACGGCGAGUAUGGCGACGAGCCGCCAGCCCCCGUCGGCGAACACGACGAGCAUGAACUCAAAGUGGGCAACGAGGAAGCCGGCCCUCCGGAGGGCGUGUACAUGGUUCACCCCACGGGCUGCAGCGAUGACGAGGACAACGCCGAGGAGGCCGAGCCGGCCGCCGGCUCGCAGGAUGGCAGUUUCCAUGACGACAAAGAAGCGGAAGACAGGCCUCCAAAAGAAACCACGUACAUGCCACCACGUGAGGCCCAGAGAGAAGCAUCUACCCUGCGAGACUAUGCAGCCAACACCAUGAAUGAAUUUUUGGGAAUGUUCGGUUAUGAUGACCAGCAGGUAAGGGAUGAGCUGACCAAGAAGAGCAGCUUUGAGAAGCUCAAAGCCGCUACCUCAGACCCCUCAUCCCUCAGCACUGAGGAGGCCUCGCGGCGUGCCCGCUUCUCAAAGUACGAAGAGUACAUUCGUAAGCUCAAAGCCGGCGAGACUCUUCCUUGGCCCAUGCAUGCUUCCCCACCCAAACCAGAAGACCUCAACCCAAAACUUGCCCAAGACAAGAGCGCUACCAUGCUCCAGACCUCUGGGUGCCUCCCAGGGGCCGAGGCACAGAUCUACCCCCAAAGCCUGGAGCACAAACAGCCAGGAGGACCUCAGCUGGGCACUUCUCAGCCACCGAAUCCCUCUCACAUGCAGAACAUGGCGUCCCGAGCCUCCAAGUAUGACUUCUUCAUUCAGAAGCUGAAGAUGGGUGAGAGUCUACAGCAGCAGAACGGCAAUGCUUACAAGCGACCCUCCAAGUACGAUCUUGAGAACGUCAAGUUUCUGCACCUCUUCAAGCCUGGCGAGGGCAACCCUGACAUGGGCGGCGCCAUUGCCUUUAAGACUUGCAAAGUGGGCCGCCCUUCGAAGUAUGACAUCAGAACAAUUCAGAAGCUGAUGCCGGGAAAUCACGAGGCCUCAUUGAUGCCCAACAUCCUUGCUACAGCACCAGGGAACCCAGGAGCUCCCGGGCUCACGAUGGACCAGACAGGACAAAUAAGCUUCAACGCCGCUGACUACCUGAAGUCCAGCUUUUCCAAGACUGACUCCAUCACCACGGGCACUGUGUCCUCUGUUAAGAAUGGCCUGCCACCGGAUAAACCCGCCAGCGACGACAUCAACCUCUACCAGAAAUAUAUUGCCAGGUUCUCUGGGAGUCAACACUGUGGACACGUGCACUGUGCCUACCAGUACAGAGAGCAUUACCACUGCAUGGACCCUGAGUGUAACUACCAGAGGUUUACCAGUAAGCAGGAUGUAAUCAGGCACUACAACAUGCACAAGAAGAGGGACAACUCUCUGCAGCAUGGCUUCAUGCGCUUCAGCCCUCUGGACGACUGCAGUGUCUACUACCAUGGCUGCCACCUCAAUGGAAAAAGCACCCAUUACCACUGCAUGCAGGUGGGCUGCAGCAAGGUGUACACCAGCACCUCCGAUGUCAUGACCCAUGAAAACUUCCACAAAAAGAAUGCCCAGCUGAUCAAUGACGGCUUCCAGAGAUUUCGUGCCACUGAGGACUGCGGCACGGUCGGGUGUCAAUUCUACGGGCAGAAGACCACUCACUUCCACUGCAGGCGCCCAGGAUGCACAUUCACCUUCAAGAACAAGUGUGACAUUGAGAAGCACAAGAGCUACCACAUCAAGGACGAUGCCUACGCCAAAGAUGGCUUCAAGAAGUUCUACAAGUACGAGGAGUGCAAGUACGAGGGCUGCGUCUACAGCAAAGCCACCAACCACUUCCAUUGCAUCCGCUCAGGCUGCGGCUUCACCUUUACCUCCACUAGCCAGAUGACCUCCCAUAAGCGCAAGCACGAGCGCCGGCACAUCCGCUCCUCCGGUGUCAUGGGCCUCUCCUCCGCCUACAUGGUGCCGAAGGAUGAGCAAGAGGAGUCGAGCAACGACGACCUGAUGGACUUCUCCACCAUCAGCAGCAAGAACUCCAGCCUGAGUGCCUCGCCCACCACCCAGCAGUCCACCACUGUAUCGCACCUGUUGGCCACGCCCACCACCGCUGUCUCCUCCUCCUCCUCUGCAUCGGGCCACGCCCUCAAACAAACAUCCUCGCUGCCCGGCGCGGGUCAGCGGAUGUCCAGCCUGCUGUCCCAGGCCCUGCCCAGCAACAUGCCGGUGGCCCUUGCUCUUUCCAACAGUGCCCUGGCGGCCUCCAACCCGUUCUUCCCCCUCAUCCCCAGGAUGUCUCUCCAACCGCCUCCUCCGGCCGCCAGCCUGAUGUCAGCUGUAUCUUCCGGGGCUCACUCCAUGCCCACCGACUCACUGACCCAGGGUUUCUCCACAUUGGGUGCGGACGGAGCAAUGGCCUCGACCCCAACAUCAUUCGCCACCUCCUCCAUCAUGGAGAAGAUCUCGGCAAGCAAAGGUCUGAUAUCCCCCAUGAUGGCCAGACUGGCGGCUGCUGCCCUGAAGCCCUCCAACAACCUCAUCACAGGGAACGGGCAGCCGGCUUCAGCGAGCCAGUUCAAUCUGGUUCAAGUGAAGCAGGAGCCAAUGGACGUCCACUCUGGGGGAAACCAAGACUCGGCGCAGGAGCACAGCCUGGACCUGAGCAAGAAAGACCACAGUAAUGAAUCAAACGGACACCCUGUACCAGGGAAUACAUCUCUUUUAUCCUCGCUUAUGAAUAAGAUGUCACAGGUGAACCCUGCCCUGUUCAACGCCAUGAACCUGAAGACGGAGCUGGAGGCAGGCCAGGGAGGCAACAGCUCGGAGGCGGCGCACUAUCUGAACAGAGUGCUGAAGAGGCCCCUGCCAGAAAAAUCCACUGAGAUCUGGAGGACAUACCUCCGCAGGUUUGACACGGAGGACUUCUGUGAGGCUCAGUGUGACUUCCUACAGAAAGUGCACUUCCACUGCAUGGUAGAGGACUGUGGUGCGCUCUUCAGCACUGUGGAUGGGGCAAUAAAACAUGCCAACUUCCACCUCCGCGCCACCUUUAAAGUGAAGUCAGAGCCUCAGUUCGGUGAGGGCAAGGAAUCCGGUGAGGGAGCCUCGCUGCAGCCUGCCGCCCCCGUCUCUAUGGCCAACAAUCCCUCCAUGGAUGUGGCCCACCUCACCUCCUCUGGCGGCUACAGCUCUCCUCCUCCCUCCCUGCUGGCCUGGAAGCAGCUGACUGGCAGCAUCCCUCAGAUGCCGGCCUCCAUGCCCAACCUGCCGGCCAACUCCCCUCUGGCCACCACCUCUCUGGAGAAUGCUAAACCCCAAGUCAAACCUGGUUUCCUGCAGUUUCAGGAAAAUGAUCCCUGUUUGGCUACUGACUGUAAGUACUCCAACAAGUUCCACUUCCACUGCUUGUUUGGGAACUGCAAGUACGUGUGCAAGACGUCUGGCAAGGCCGAGUCCCACUGUUUGGACCACAUCAACCCCAACAACAACCUGGUCAACGUCCGCGACCAGUUCUCCUACUACUCCCUCCAGUGUCUCUGUCCCAACCAGCACUGCGAGUUCAGAAUGAGGGGCCACUAUCACUGUCUGCGGCCCGGCUGCUUUUUUGUCACUAACAUCACUACCAAGCUGCCAUGGCACGUCAAGAAGCACGAGAAGGCAGAACGCCGCGCCGCCAACGGCUUCAAAUAUUUCACCAAGAGGGAGGAGUGUGGGAGGCUGGGUUGUAAGUAUAACCAAGUCAACAGCCACUUCCACUGCAUCCGCGAGGGUUGCCAGUUCUCCUUCCUGCUCAAGCACCAGAUGACCUCGCACGCACGCAAACACAUGAGGCGGAUGCUUGGGAAGAACUUUGACAGAGUCCCAUCCCAGGUGAUGCCACUGAGUCAGAGGCCAGAUGCAUCUGGCAUGAUGGGAACCCAUCCUGGCAUCAACUCCUGCUUCUCGUCCUCCAUCAUGGACGAGACCGAUGACUACAUGGACUACAUGGGAGGAGGGGGCAGCCCCUUGGGCCUCUCCUCCGAGUCCUCCAACCAGGACCGGAGCUGCAGCAGCACACCUGUAGGCAACGAUGGUUCUCCAGCAGGACAAGGCUGGCCUCCCACCACUUCUGCUCCUACCACCCCUGCUGACACUAGCGCUACCCAAAAUGCACCUCCUUCUUCCCCACCUCCUCCACCACCACUGCCACUUCCUCCUCCUCCCUCCGCUCUUCAGCCUGGCUUCCAGUCCCAGGCCCCAUCCCUCUCUCCUGCCCUCCUCCGACCUCCUCUGUCCUCACUCCCAUACCUCCUCUCUCCAUCCUGUCUGUCAUACUCUCUGCUCAGCGCCUCUCUGGGAGCCACUCGGAGUGUUGUCAUGCCAACCAACACACCAGCUUUCAGCUCCAUCAUUGCCACUCCGUCUCCGGUUAAAAAUGACGUCCCUAUAGUGCAGGAUGCUGCAGGCAACACCAUCUCCAUUCCCACGGCCACCGGUGCAAAGAAGCGCUUUUGGAUCAUCGAGGACAUGUCACCGUACGGCAAGCGCCGCAAGACCCCGUCGUCACGCAAGAUGCUGGAUGAGGGGAUGAUGCUUGAGGGCUUCAGGCGCUACGACCUCUACGAGAACUGCAAGGAUCCAGGCUGCCAGUUUUCUCUGAAGGUGACCCACUACCACUGCACACGUGAGAACUGUGGCUACAAGUUCUGCGGCCGCACCCACAUGUACAAGCAUGCGCAGCACCACGACCGGGUGGACAACCUGGUGCUGGACGACUUCAAGCGCUUCAAAUCCUCCCUCAGCUGCAACUUCCCUGACUGCCAGUUCUCAGGCAACAGCACCCACUUCCACUGUCUGCGCUGCGGCUUCCGCUGCACCGACAGCACCAAGGUGACGGCCCACCGCAAGCACCACGGCAAGCAAGAUGUGAUCACCGCCGCUGGCUUCUGCCAGUUCAGCUCCAGCGUUGAUUGCGAGGUUCCCGACUGCAAAUAUAAGCUCAAGUGCUCGCACUUCCACUGCACCUUCCCUGAGUGUAAGCACACGGUGGUGGGCAUGUCCCAGAUGGACUCCCACAAGAGGAAGCACGAGAAGCAGGAGCGCGGUGAGCUGCCGUCCGUGUCGCCCAAACAGGAAGUAAUGCACCACCUGGGAGGAAGUGUGUCUACGGUCCCUCCAAUCUCCAUGGGCCUUUCCUCUUCUUCACCCAGUGGCGUCCACGGUUUGUCCCGCAGCAUUAACAGCAGCGCUCCCUCCAUGCUCUAUCCAACAGGUGGCAUCGGGUCAGAGUAUAACCACCUCUACCAGCCGUCCUCCAUCAGCCUGGACGGCUCCCUCAACCUGGGCACCGACACCAGCAGCUCCCUGUUCUUCCUGAAGAAUGCCGCCGGUCUGGGUCUCAACGACUCACUGGACCUCAGCAAGAAAAUGCACCAUGACGCGGCGCGAUCUGGCCACAACCCACCAACCCCGCUGGGUCUGCCGGCAGCUCAGGACGACACCACAGGAACAUCCGGAGAGGCAGAGGAUGACCUGUCGCCAGAGGAGGAGGCACACGCAGAGGAGGACGAGGAAGAAGAGGAGGACGAGGAAGAAGAGGAGGAGGAUGAAGCGGAGCUCAACUCUGACUCGAAUGAUGAUUCGAUGGCGGAGCCUGAUGGUGAAAAGGACAAUGGCGAGAGUUUUGAUGCUUCUGUUAACCACACUGAUUCUUCCCAACUGGAAAAGAAAUGAAAGAAAAAAACUACCACUGACCGUAGGGCCCGAAUAAAUACUCUGUGUACUAUGAACAAACAAAAAUGAAAGUGGCCUCAUUUAUCACGUCGAGAGACUUCAAAUGACAAUGAAAAAACAACAGCGUGGAGAAAAAAUGACGGCCCAAAAUGAUUUAUUAUGAUGUUUACAAGAUGACCAACAUUAUUAAUUCAAUUAUGCAUUAAAAAAAAAUAUGAACCGAGACACAGAAUUAGGCCCUGGUUUACACACGGGGCAGCAAUGUAAAGCAUUUUACUACACAUCAGUCUUUUUGUGUGCGUGCAUGUUUGACUUUAAUUUAUUUUAAUUUUUUUCACUUUUUUGUGUGUGGAUAAAAACAAAAAAAAUGUUAGAAAAACAAAUCUCUCUAUAUAACUAUAUAUGUAGGUGUGUGUGUGUGUGUGUGUGUGUGUGUGUGUGUGUGUGUGUGUGUGUGUGUGUGUGAACGACGAUAUACAAAAGGAAUUUGCUGGUACCGGCGACAUGAACUGCAGGGUCGUGGAUACAUAGAAAAAAGGGAGGUGAAUCACUAAGGGGAAACAGGAUGCAUUCAAACAUUUGAUCUUUUUUUCUGUACUAUUAUUAUUAUUAUUAUUAUUAUUAUUAUUAUGAGACACAGAGAGAAAAUGGAGUUACACUUUGCUUGUUCCCAUCUCUCUCAGAUGUUUUUCUUUGUUCUCAAUGACAUGUGGAAUUGACCAGUAAAUAUGGGGUCAGUCUUGGCAGUCGGGCCUCCAGCGAGCUGCCGGUCUCAACAGUUCUCUGACAUUCUGCUAGACUUGUUCAACUAGCACCAAAACCAAGCUCAGCCCUUGUAAUUUAACCCCUUUGCGGAGGAAUCAAGUUUGUGUGUGAAUAGUGCACUUUCAUAUUAGCUGACCACGAUGAUUACGAUGAUGAUAGAUAACUCAUAAGCAUAUUUAAAAAAAUAUUUUUGUUACCAUUUGCAUUUUUUGCAUUAUUAUGUUGUUUUGUUGUGUUGUUAGUCAGAAGCAUAUCGAUCUGUAAGCAGGCUAGGUUGUGAUUAACGGCCAGAGA